UGUUACCCGGAAGUUAAUGAUGUAUCCGAUACUGUAUCGCUGGCGAUUAGAUGUGCAGCAGCAACGAUGGCGGGUCCCAGUAGGAAGCAGAUGUUGAGGUUUCUAAGCCAAGUGGGGGCGUUUAUUUUGACCCGGUUUGGAUUUUGGAACUGCUUCAGCAUGCUGAUGCUCUUUGCUGAACGAGCGGACUCGAAAAGGAAGCCAGAUAUCCACAUACCGUACCUGUAUGUGGACAUGGGCGCUGCGGUGAUCUGUGCCAGCUUCAUGUCAUUUGGGGUGAAGAGACGGUGGUUUGCUUUGGCUGCUGCCGUACAGCUUGCCAUCAGUACUUAUGCAUCAUACGUUGGAGAGCAGGUGUAUUAUGGGGAAUGGCUUAAGGUGCGAAUGUAUUCCAGAGCGCUGGCCAUUAUUGGAGGCUUUCUGAUUCUGGCCAGCGGCGCAGGGGAGGUAUACAGACAGAAGCCUCGCAGCAGAUCCAUGCAGUCUACUGGACAAGUUUUUCUGGGAGUCUAUCUCAUUUGCAUGGUUUACUCCCUCCAGCACAGCAAAGAGGACAGGCAGGUCUAUCUGAACCACAUCGUUGGGGGAGAGGUCACUCUGAUGCUGCUGGAGGUGGUGUUCGGCGUCCUGGCUCUGGCCUUCCUCUCCGGCUGCUACAUCCGCCUGGCUGCUCAGAUCCUGGCCACCAUCCUCCCUCUUAUUAUCUUGCUCAUCGAUGGUAACAUUGGUUACUGGCACCACACUCGUAAGGUGGAGUUCUGGAACCAGAUGAAGCUGAUAGGUCAUAAUGUGGGCAUCUUCGCCGCUGUACUGAUCCUAGCCACUGAUGGCUGAACAGUCACACGCUCAGACAGCUUUUACAGACCAAGGUGUGUGCACUAGAGGAAGAUGAUGUUGGCCUUUUCAUCGUGGCCCAACUCUGUACUCAAAGCUGCCGUCACACGAUGACACCUCAGGAUUCAAACAGUCACUGCUGAGACGGUUGGAUGUAAGCUGCAUCGAUUGUCCAGUUUGUAACUUUGCUUUUGCAAGGAAAAAGAAAAACACAACCUUGCUUUUCAAUGUUAAUAAUUUAUUUGGAUUUAUGUUUACAUUUUUGUUUCUGAUAUGCUCUGAAGCUUGACACGGAGUGUUAUUACUACAAAGCUACGGGGAACUUUUAAAAGAGGUCUUAAUGAUUUCAAUCACUAUUUAUAGUGGAUGGUUUAAAUACGUGAUUUUAAAAAAGGGAAAAAUUGCUGGGUGACAAAUUAAAGGAAAAAGCCAUCAUGAAGCAACAGCUUGAUUGAAACAAAUAAUUGAUGGUACAAUUGGUGGUACAAUUACAUGUUAAAUUGAACUUAAAAAUGUGUCUUUUUUACAGCUGAUUGCUUGAAUUGUAAAACAAAUUCAAUUAAAAAAUGAAAUAUUAAUUUUUUAAAAUGCAGUGGUGGAGUUGGUGUUUCAUUAGGAGUUAGGAUCAGACUGGUGGAAUUUUGUCCAGGCAAAAGAAAUUCAAUUAAAUUCACAAUAACUGUCUUAAGAUGUCUUAGGACACCUGAAUAGAAGUCACAGGUUCACCUAGGGCUGCUUGGUUAUGGCAAAAAUUAAAAUCACAUUCAUCCAGGCCGGUAUUGAGAUCAGAGGAGACGCAAAUAAUCCCUUUGGGGUUAUGUCAGGAAGGGCAUCUGGUUUAAAAAAUCUGCCAAAGCUACCAGCUGUGGUGACUUCUUCAUGAGGGAGCAGCCAAAAGUAGCUUUGAUUGUUGGUUUUGCUUUUUUUCUUUUUUGUUUUGGAACAUUGUGCAUUUGUUGUUUCCUGUAUGAGUGCUUCAAAACAACUGAUUUGGUUUUGCGACUCUUGUUGAUCAAGAGUGAGAUUUCAAUGAAACCUGCCACAGCCUGUAGGUAUGAGUAAUGAGUUUGGGGUUUUAAAGUGGGAUGAAAGUGCACGGCUGUAAAGGAACAACACAAACAAAAAGUGCACUAAAGUAGUUUUAUGUCCAUUACCUUGUUUUGUAAUUGUUAGAAGCCAUGUUUGUAACAGAUUUUAAAUCUGGCUUAAUUCCAAAGCCUGUUUGACCUAAAGAAAAGUUGAGAUGCAUGAUCCUAGGUGGUUCUUGUCUUAGUUGUCAACAAAAAGCAUCAUUUUGGAUCAAUUCUUCCACAAUCAGCAGUGCUGUGCAAAAUACCACACAGCAGUGAGACCAAACAGAAAAAAGGCCAAAAUUAUAACUGAAAGUAUAAUUUGAUUAAUUGCCAAUCUGUGCUUAGCAACAUGUUGAGCCAGAACAGCUUCAGUCCAGCUGUCUCUAUAAUAAACAGCUUUAACCUUUAAAAGGUUAUUCACUAAUUUUGUGAUUUGGUUUUUGCAGAGCGCCAACUUAAAACAUCAGCUCUCAACAUACAUCUGUCUUUCUUAACCACCAACCAGGGUCAUGUUAGAACUGGAUCCUAUCAUAGCUGACUUUAGGUGAGAGCGAGGGGCGGGGUAUGCCACUCACACGUGCAGCCAAUUUAGAACUCCUAUAAAAGUUUGACUAACUCCCACCCCUCACUGUAAGGAAAGGGUCAAAGGUUUAGGUUUUUCCUUUAAUUUGUUGCACGUCUUAUGUGGUAUUGCUUUUGAAGUGGAAUGACUAUGCUGGCCUAUUGGGAAUAAACACUAUGUUUAAAGCA